UAGUAGCCAGUACUAAAAUAAUUUCAUUUGUGCACCGUUAAUAUAUGUAUCAGAACUGGGAGUGAAAAUUAUUAUGCAGAGUUUUAUUCUAUCUUCUUCAUCUAAUUCUCUCUCUCUCUCUCUCUCUUCUUGUUCACUACUUCACUGUUACAUUGAUAAUUCUCCCUUAAAUUACUCCAUAACUAGAGAAUCUUACGACCCGCAUUAUAGUUAAUGGGCUGAGAAAUAGACUUACAAAAUUAACGGGCCCAGAAAAUAAGGCACGAUACAUUGCAUCACUUUCAUAUGUACAAUAAUAGCUUCAUCAGAGAGUGUGGGAUCUCUUAAUUUAUGAUUCCGAUGAAAAGAAAAAAAAAAAAAAAAAAGGGAAAAUUAAAUAAUGGUCAAUGGAACUGAAGCUUAGCCAAUCUUCUCUUCCAACCGCCAUUUUCACUUCCUCUUCCGCUUCUUCUCUCCACCAUUUUCAGCAAUGGAAGCUUGAAAUUGAAAGGAUAUCUCGGAAGGGGCAAGGCAUGUUUAGCAAGGAAAGCGCAAACCAUGUGAUUAAAGAUGACAGAGGUGAAACCCUAACUUCCAUUUCGAAGUUGUAUGGAGUGUCGACUAUUGAAAAUUACUGUCUUUCUGCUGCUGCUAAUAAUAAGGAGAUGGUUGAUGUUGAUUUGGUUUCCGAUGGGCAAAAUCGUAAUAGCGCUCGAGUGGUGAGCCGCUUGAUUAACUAUUUCUUGAUUGCUUAUCAGGAUGAAGACCUAUGAACAAAAUACAGUGAUUCUAGCAUAGAUUAUAUUAUUGAGAAUUUUGUUCCGUGUUAUAUCUUUAAGCUUCUUAACUUUUAAUGCCAGUACUUGAUAAAAUCUAGAUUUUGAAGCAGGAAUUAGUAGAAUAUUCUACAUUAAAUGGAAUAUUCUCAAUUUUGUCUC